CAAUCACAGCGCAUGUCCUCUUGCGGAGAGAAGCACACACGGCGACCCGGCGGCUACGGCAGGCUAGCGCUUCUCUGCUACCGGGCUAAUAUGAGCCUUUAAUUGAGAGUUAAGACAUUAAACCGGAUGCCUCUAUGAUCCAGCUAACCUUACAGCGAGAUAUACAGUGUUCAGUUUGCACAAGAGGUGAGCCAUGGCUGAACCGAACGCCUCCCGCCCCCAAAGGAAGAUGUCCACCGCUGGGGAGAGUGUGUACAAGGUGCUAGGCCUGGAGAAAGGAGCGACAGCUGAGGACAUCAAGAAAGCUUACAGGAAGCUAGCCUUGAAGUACCACCCGGAUAAGAACCCAGACAACCCAGACGCAGCAGAGAAGUUCAAGGAGAUCAACAACGCCAACUCUAUUUUAAAUGAUGAGACCAAGAGGAAGAUCUAUGACGAGUAUGGCUCCAUGGGCCUGUACGUGUCAGAACAGUUCGGAGAGGAGAGCGUCAAAUAUUACUUCCUCAUGUCCAAAUGGUGGUUUAAGAGUCUGGUACUGUGCUGCACCAUGUUCACCUGCUGCUGCUGUUGCUGCUGCUGCUGUUUCUGCUGUGGGAAGUGUAAACCACCCGACGAUGAGGACCACUACCAGUAUGUCGACCCUGAAGACCUGGAGGCCCAAAUCAAAGCAGAGCAGGACGGAGGUUACACAGUAAUCAUAGGCCAGCCCAAAUCUAACCUGGGUCCAGAAAGCCCAGAAGGCCAGAGUCAGCCCAUCCCCCUCCCACUGCCCAUGGCUCCACCUGAGCCCCAGACGCCGACCCCAGCCAGUCCAGCAGGGGAAGAGAACCCCGGGGAGACUCUACCAGAGUCUAAAUGACUCGAAAGUGACGGAGCGGAUGAGCCUCAACUAGUGAAAGCAAGUAGCCUCUCGAGCCCCUUCUAUGAUCCAGCCCCAAUCACCUGCUGCCAGAGAUCAACCAGCCCAAAGCCACCAGCCACCCCAGGCCCCACUUUAAUCCUGGCCCCUUAACCCACCUGAUAAACCCACUGGACAACACCUGUAAGGCGGAACUCAAGUUAUGGAGGAGUAUUGAUGCUCUGAAAAUACUGAGACCCUCACUGAAAAUUUGAAUCCCAUUUCUCCUAUUAGCUUGCCACAUACUUUGGCCUGGGCUCGAUGUGAUCUAACAGUUUCCCUCAUCCAGGGCUAGGCUUGGCAACGUCUCUGGACUCCGCACUAAUCUGUUCUUGUCAUCCCAUUGCAACCAGUAAGGAUGUGACACUGGAAGAUGGCAUAAACGGGGAGAUAAGAGGGCAAACCACAGCAUGGAAAGGGGAUCCUCAUUAUUCUUUUGCUUUCCAGACCAGGAUUGAAAUGAUCUCUAUCACAACCUCCGCUGCGUCUCACUCCACUGUGGACGUUCGUGACCAACAGGAGGACCUUUUUCUUUCUUUUUUUUUUUACAUUUCUCCCGCUUUAACUUGUUUUGGAGUUGUUUCUCCAACAAAACAAAGGAAACGUUUUUGGUAAAAUAACUCGGUGUGUAAUUGGAUGCCUCUCGUGAUGUGUACACGUCAUCAGAAGCCAGCAGCACGAGGAUGUGGGUGUGGAGGACCGUUGGUUUGUUCCUCCUUCCGUCCUGUUUUACCGAACAAUCCCAUUCAGUUAAAUGUUGCAUUAACACCCUCUAAUGUUCAUUUUUGUAAUCAAGCUCUCGAUGCCAUGUGUGGUGGUAAAAAAUAUUCUUCUUUCGAGAGAAACACACACAGGUUUUUAAAUCGGGAUGCUACUGCAUUUCACAUGAAUGCUGAAAUGUGGGGAGGGGGAACAGAAGAGAUGUGACGCAGCAGAAGUGACUGACAGAUUUAAGUCUUUAAUGUUAAAUGUCUGAGCCAAAACCUGGAGCAGAAGACAUAGAGCAUGGAUCAGGAGCAGAGUCCAGGCUUUCCUCACCAAUGUGCAUGCAUUUCCCCCGGAUGCAUGCCCCCUUACUGUACAGCACUGGAAUACAGUCCACAGCCCCAAACACAAAAGAUGACAAAUCUGCCUAGUCAAACCUUACAGACAUGCAGACUCUGGUUAUACACACACAGACACACAGACACACACACACACACACACACACACACACACACACACACACACACACACACACACACACACACACACACACACACACACACACACACACACACACACACACACACACACACACACACACACACACACACACACUAGACACUUGUACCAGCCCGUAUGUCAUUGUGUGCCACCCUCAGCUAAACAAUAUAACCCCCAGCAAAAUCUAUGCCAUAUCAUAGAAAAGAAACACUUUUUUUAUACAUGUUUAGUCAGAUCAUUGCGCUCCUUCUUGUGUUGCAGUCAGACUAUUUUUUUGUAGACCAAAGCCAACAGCUCCAUGUAGCCAGCCAACCCAUAGUAACUCUCGUCGAGGCCAAAACGCAAUUUGCUCUGUAAGCCACAGUUCAGUUUGUCAAAUCUGUUUGUACAAUAUGCAUUUGUGUCUGUGCACCUUGAGAAGCGCAUCCGUUGACAUUUGAAAUGGUUUUCUUUUCUUUUUUUACCCUCAGUUUAGGGUGUAAACCUUUUUUAUUUUACCUCUCAUUUUCAGAAGAACAGAAACCUUCAACUUUUACAUCAUCUGAUGAUCCAUAAACACAGGUCCAGAUUCACUAAGACUGCAUGGUAAAUUCACAAAAUGUUUUCUA